AUGAAUAAAAGGCUACUUAAAAAUGUUCUAGUAUGCGCAACCGCGGCCACUUGCGCCUACUUUACCGGUAAAUACGUUGAACGUCAACAAGUGCCUGAAACAGAGUGGGGAAUAAAAACGCCACCUUUAGUGCAGCAGUUGGAGCGCCGCCCCGCAUUGCCAAUUUUUGGCACAGUGUCGGCUGCAGUACCAGUGCCAACAGAAGAAGUCAAUCUCAAUGCCACACCAACGCGCAUUUCACAAAUCAUGAAAUAUGGUUUCCCUGGGCUGGAUCAUGUUCGUUCUUAUUCAGAUUUUGUGCUAUCCUAUGAUCGCCGUAACCGCGUACCACAUUGGGUGUUUGAACACCUCACGCCUGAGUCAGUGGCCAGAAACGAUGCCGUCGAUCGCUCAAA